AUGUCCUACGUAUAUUAUCCUCACACCAACCCCAAUACAAAAACUUCUUCAAACUUGAACCAAGGGUGUGCUGUUCCCCUUACAAUGAUGACCCAUAAACUAGCUACGCAUCGAAACAGCCCCUCUCCCAACCAAAAUGGGUUUUUCCAGCAUCCUGCCCAUCUCCAUCAGCCUACUUCUCAUCUUUAUACUCAUCCUCAUCAUCAUAUUCAACAGCCAACUCAUCUACAGUCGUUACCUUCGAGUACUAGUUACAUUCAGAUGGCAAAUAAUAACCAGGGAGUGAGCUUUUCAUUAUAUCCCAUUCCCCACCAAAAGAUUAACAGCUUUGUAACUCCUAACGCAGCAGCGUUGAAACCACUAAGAAAAAGAGCAUUUAGCAAGAGAAGUAAGACAGGUUGUUUGACUUGCCGUGAAAGAAGAAUCAAAUGUGAUGAGUGUAGACCAAAGUGUAAGAACUGUGAAAAGUCAAAAAGGAGUUGCAAGUUUCCAUCGUCAGAGCAAUCGAAAAAGAAAAAGCAGCCAAUCAAGAAAACUCGGCCUUCACCCAAAAAAGCAAAAUCAAUUGACAAUAUGGCUCUUUCAGCCGAAGCGAGUAAACCUUCGUCUAUAGAAUGGCUUCCUUCAGAAAUCCGUAAUAUCAACAUCAGUUUCAAUGAAAGUGCCAUUGCCAAUAGCAGUGCUGACAGCAUUAUAUGUGGUGAUUUGCUUUCAAAUAACCAACUAAGCUAUCAAGCUCCCAAGCCACAAAAAAACUCCCUGGAUCAGAAAGUCAUUCUGCCUCCAAUAAACCCAUACGUACCAAUGCCUAAAUUACCGCCAAUGACCAAUACUCACCCUUCAGUACAGUACCAAGCACACCAAUUCGCCACCCUUCCUCAAUAUGAUAGCUCAGCUACCCAUAACGCUCUCAAUAAUAAAUCGGCCUCGGUAGAUAAAAACAUGUAUCAAUUUGAAAACCACUUGCCAUACACAAUGAAUAUUAGCAAUGUUCUUGCUUCUCCAGCAGUACAAAACUCAAGUCUUGUGUCGAACAAUCCAAGAUUAAUCGACUACAAUUACAGAAAAGAGCAAGAAAAAUCCUCUUUUUCGGCAAUUGCCUCUUCAAGUAGCAGCCCACUAUUUUCUACAUCAGGAUCAUCACUUUCUACAAUCUCAACCAGCGAUCCGAUACAACUGCUGUAUCCGCAAAUUAAAUAUAAUACGACAGUAGCAAACAGGAUUACUCCUACCUCCCUAUCUAGCGGUAGCGAUUUUAUCAAUAGCACAGAUGACAAUACUGUUAAUGCGCCAAGUAAUCGAUUUAGGAAUGCAUCUGUUCAAACGUACUAUCAAGGAAAUUCACCUUCUCCAGUUAGUUAUUGGCCUCAAUAUGUUUAUCCCGCAGUGAACAACAUUCACGUUAAAAAAGUAUCUCCCUCAUUACCGAAAGAAAAAGGUAUGAGCUUGGACUAG